AUGCUUCAGGCGAAAAAGAACAACAUCUUCAAGGUAUUCUAGGUUUGGCAUGCUCAGUUUAACACAAUAGAUUCAGGCACGUAGAAGAAAUAACUUUUCGAAAAAUCAAAACAACAACUACAAAAGGCAUCAUCAACAGUACCCGGCAAGAGAAAAUCAAGAGAAACAGGAUGCGACGGCUCUUCGCCAGCGUGGAUUCUUCCAAGUGAUUCCGACGGACGAGCUGCCCAACGUUCCCAGUGCUCACACGGUCCCUGUCUGUUAUUCGAAAAGAAAAACGGACCGGAAGUGGAAGAAACGUUCUUCGCGUGCGCAAUUUACCGAAAUCAGACCGAAUUCUGCGAUUUCAAACUGCAGUACAACAAAGAAACGGGAGAAAUCGAAGAGAAAGAGGAAGAAGAAAAGAAGAAGAAAAAGAAGAAAGUCUUCGGAUACAAUCGCAUUCCUAAAGCGUGAGUAGGCGGUUCACGGAAGAAAAAUUAUGGUAAUAGUUACAGCCUCUCGGAAAUGAAACCAUCGGACACGAUUCUCUACUGUAAAGAGUGCAUAAAUGUGUUCCCGAACAAGCACGAAUGUGUCUGUGAACCGAUCGAAAAAGAAGCGCUCUCCCGACCGACGACCCUUCUUCCGCCAGUCAGCGAGCAGCACGGAGAAUCUGUAAAUUUCAUUUUGCGACCUUAUUUUGAUCGAAAAAUCUAACUUUCAGCAAUUUUUCUUCUCGGAUGAGUCGCUAGGAGUGAUUCUCAAAGCAGUGGAAAAGUCAACAAUGGAUGGAGUCUUGUGCAUCGGAGCACCAAGAGUCAGUUAACCAUAUUCUUGCUCUUUUCAUAGACGUAUAUCUUUAAGAUCUUCGAAAAUGUCCGUGCGCUUUAUCCUCAAAAAAACGUGUUUCUGCUCGAUUACGAUAAGAGAUUUGUGAGCGCAUUCCACCCCUCUUUCCCUCAAAUUCCAUCCAUUUUCAGGCUAAAUUCUUUCCUUCGAAACAGUACGCUCAGUACAGCAUGCUCGUCGACCACUUUUUUUCGAUAAGAACGCCGAACCAAAGCUUUUGGAAUUCUUCCAAAACAGCAAAAGCAUCCUGCUGA